CACGAAGUUAUUUAGCUUUAAAACCAAGAGCAGAACGAUUUUAAAGUCGAAAGUCGAGAGACAUCGCACUACUUUUUUUUCUCCCAAGGCAAAACCCUAUCGGAAGAAAGCAUCGACCGAUUGCAGGCUCAAACCAACCGCGAUUCUCAAGAUACCAGCCCAGGCUGUUGAUAAUGGCGGAGGAAAAUUUGAAAACAGAAAUUCCUGUUGUUGGAGAGAAUGUGGUGUCAAAGCAUUCAAAAGGCAAUGAAGAGUCAAGUGAACUUGCUUCAACUUUAGAAAAUGUUGAAGAUGUGGGCAAAGAAGUUUCCAAGAAGAAAAAGAAGAAAAGUAAAAGCAAGAAAAAGGAGGUGCUGCAGCAGACUGAUCCACCAUCUAUUCCUGUUACCGAGCUUUACCCAUCUGGGGAGUUUCCUGAAGGUGAAAUUCAACAGUACAAAGAUGAUAAUUUAUGGAGAAUCACUUCUGAAGAAAAGAGAGAGUUGGAGCGCCUUCAGAAGCCGCUAUAUAAUUCAAUUCGCCAAGCGGCAGAAGUUCAUCGGCAGGUUCGAAAGUAUAUUAAAAGCAUUUUGAAGCCUGGAAUGUUAAUGAUUGACCUAUGUGAGACCCUGGAGAAUACAGUUCGCAAGUUAAUAUCUGAGAAUGGUUUGCAAGCAGGCAUUGCAUUCCCUACCGGAUGCUCUUUGAACUGGGUUGCUGCUCAUUGGACCCCAAAUACAGGAGAUAAGACUGUGCUUCAGUAUGAUGAUGUUAUGAAGCUGGACUUCGGAACUCAAAUUGAUGGAUAUAUAGUUGAUUGUGCAUUUACGGUGGCAUUUAACCCUAUGUUUGAUCCAUUGCUUGAAGCUUCACGUGAAGCCACCAAUACGGGUAUCAAGGAAUGUGGGAUCGAUGUGCGCCUUUGCGAUGUUGGUGCUGCAAUCCAGGAGGUCAUGGAAUCUUAUGAGGUCGAAAUUAAUGGAAAGGUGUUUCAAGUUAAAAGUAUUAGAAACUUGAAUGGACAUAGCAUUGGGCGCUACCAGAUUCAUGCUGGAAAGUCUGUUCCCAUUGUCAAAGGAGGGGAGCAAACAAAGAUGGAGGAGGGAGAAUUUUUUGCCAUUGAAACUUUUGCAUCAACGGGAAAAGGAUACGUUAGAGAAGAUCUAGAGUGCAGUCAUUACAUGAAAAAUUUUGAAGUGGGUUACGUUCCUUUGAGGAUGCCCAGAGCAAAGCAGCUGCUAGCAACAAUUGACAAGAACUUUUCCACGUUGGCUUUCUGCAGGCGGUAUCUAGACCGCCUUGGGGAGACUAAAUAUUUAAUGGCACUGAAGAAUUUGUGUGAUAGUGGCGUUGUUCAGCCUUAUCCUCCUCUGUGUGACGUCAAAGGCAGUUAUGUUUCGCAGUUUGAGCAUACCAUCUUACUGCGACCGACCUGCAAAGAGGUUAUAUCCAGGGGAGAUGACUACUGAUAUUGAUUAUUAGUGUCAGCAUUGUCCUGCUCGGAGCUGGUUCCUUGGUUGUGGACUGUGAAGUUUCAAAUUGCAUUUCUGGCAAUUAUUAUGGUAUUUUGUUUCACUAGCUUUUGUAAUAAACUUUGUCAAGCCCUGUAGUGGCAAAGUAGUUCCAAAUUACAGUUUGAACUCUUUAAAUCGUUUAACGAUCGACUUUGACUAUAACUCCUUUUGCACAACAUAUAAGUUUAUAACUCCUUUGGCAUAACAUAUUA